GGGUUCUCAGAUCCACGCCAGCAUCAUGCCGCUCUUCGACAAGGCAAAGAACUUCACUAUCAAUGGCGGUAAUUUCACCGACUACUCCAGCAAUGGAAUGGAACCGCUCGUCUACCUCAGGGAGUAUGCUGCCGCUGGUGCUGCCCACGACUCGGCAGAAAGAUACCCACCACCGCGAUGCCACAAAGCCACACGUGAACGCACCCUGAAGAUCAUCAUGGACUGGGUUAAGCAGACAAGGGAGGAGAGGAAGAAGCGCUCGUUCUGGCUCCAUGCACCGGUUGGUAUGGGGAAGACGACCAUCGCCCAGACCAUCGCAGAGGAAUGUGAGGCCACUGGGUACCUGGGCGCUGCCUUCUUCUUCUCUAGGCUGGUCAGCCAGAGGGAUCGGGCUGAGCGUUUUGUCGCCUCGCUCGCCCUCCAACUUGCGGAAUAUAUUCCCUCGCUCAAACCCCACAUCGAGGCAGCGAUCGUCAAGAAUCCUAAUAUCCUCACCAAAUCACUCCCUAUCCAGCUCCAGAAACUUGUCAUUGAACCAUUCAGAAAGAUCCCUCCCCCGGAUCACGACAAAACGGUCUUUAUCGACGGACUGGACGAAUGCGAGGGCGCGGAUCCCACACAGGACAGGGAGAGGGAACAGGCGUUGAUCCUCGAGCUCGUCCAGACCCUGCAAGAGGCCGACCUUCCUCUCAAUGUCGUCAUCCUCUCCCGGCCCGAGUCGUGGAUCGAAGAGGGCUUCGAAGAACUUGAAACUCUUGCCGCCAACACCGAGCGAUAUGACCUGUACGCAGAGAUGAACCACGACAACGACAUCGAGCGGUACUUUCGUGACAACAUCGAGCGAAUCCGAAAGUCUCCCAAACAUCGACGGGCCAUACGGGGACCUUGGCCUCCCGAGGAGUACAUCCACUGUAUCGUCCACCGUGCAUCCGGCCAGUUCGCAUAUGUCAGCACCGUCAUCCGUUUCAUCGAGGAUCCCUACGGGAACCCGGUGAACCGUCUAACAGCGCUCAUUGAAGGUUCCUACACGGGUGUUAGCUCCAAUCCCAUGGAGCAACUCUACAAUUUAUAUCGACAGAUACUAGAAACCUGUCCAAACCGAGGUGACAUGACGCAGGCUCUUGGGUGUCUCCUCGUGAUGCUCCAUAAGCUCCCGUACCAGGAAUGGCGCUCUACGACAGCGUACGACACGAUUGUUGCAGGAGAGGCUGGGGCCAUGACCCGAGCCCUCCGUGGAUUGCGUGCUGUAGUCUGCAUGCCGUCGUCACGGUCGCUUCCCAAUAUAGACCCUCUGGAUGCCGAGUCCUCACUGCCCUCGGCGCAGAAAACGGAGGAUUCAGCACUAAACCUCUAUCACAGCUCCUUCCUCGAGUUCUUAGGGGCAAAAUCUAGUAGUGGCAUUUUCUAUAUUGACGGGGGAUAUUGGCUUCUUUUCUUCGCGUAUCGGUGCUUGCGGUUCCUAUCCCAGUCGCACGCGGUUAACCAUCCUUCCGAAGUAGUUGAUCUGGCACGGUACCUAUGGCCAUGUGGAUUUAGAAGUUUGUCCCUCGCCAAUCCAGCAAUCCCAGAUUCUGCAACUGUAUACAGUCAUCUGCGCAGCGAAUUCAUCUCGCAUUUUCUUGCUCACCGCGAUAUUUUUGGGGCACUAACGCGUGUAGUUCCGCUCUGCAUUCCAUCGAACUUCCUGUUGGAAUGGGCUCUCCUUGGUUUGGACCUCCCAUCCACCAUACACAGGUGCAUCACCCACUGGUGUCAAGGUUACGAGCGCCACGUCCGGAGCAAAAUAUGUGACAUGUCUGCCCAAGACCGAUCAUUGUUUGAGCGACUCCUUGGCGGCGUUCUUUCUUCGACUCUCCGGACCAAUGGAGCCAACUGCUUUCGACUUUGCCACGAUCGUCUUUAUUUCGAGGAUACGGAUUUACUCAAUCUCCUUGAAAGCAACGGAUUGCUCCCUGUGGCAGCCAUCGCAUUUUCAAUUCCAGACACGACUCAGCUUCGUGAAUUCUACCCCGUCCUAUCCUUCAAUUAUAUCACGGCGGAUUUCCUCUGCCUGUUGGCGCGUAUCAUGGGCUAUGGGCACCUCCAGGGGCCUACAAGCACCCAGUUUCCAGUCACACUGUCCAAAGCACUGUGGAAAUUGCUCCUUGAACUUUCGGAAGUACAGAAUUUGAAAUAUGACUCCUGGGAAAUUAUCUUCUCACCUUCUGACCUUGACUUCCUUUCUCAACCUGCUCUACUGUGCGACUCGGAGUCGGUCCAGACAGUACUCGAUUUUUGCGAAGCCGUUGAAAGGACACUUCCCUGCACCUACUUCCACGACUCGGGGAAUCCUGUCGCUACAUAUAAGGCACUGUAUGAUACAUUCCGACAGGAUCCCUAUGGCUUCGUUAGUCGAAACGAAGUGGCUAGAAAAGGAAAUGGCGUGAAGGUCAACUUUGGCCUGCCUGGGCCGGCCAUUGCUUUGUGGAGGAGACGUGGGUCCCGGCAGCCCUGUAACUCGCGCGAGUACAGAAAUCCGGCACUUCCGUUUUAG